UUCCAUCCAAUCAGAUCACUGGAUCCUCGGUUCGGGGUGGGGCUGUAUUCACCAAGAACAAAGAAACCUUUGAAAUCCUAUGGGAUGCUUUACGGCGAGCUUGCGCUGCUUCAGCUUUAGCAGCACCUACGACUGUUUAGUUCUGUCGGCUAAGGUUAUGUGUAUAAAUGGGCAGCUCAGACUGUGAUCGGAGCUCAACCUUUUGUUUUGUGUGUAAAGGUUAUAGCUAGAUUGACAGUUGUGAGAGAAGUGUGAGUCCACCCUGCUCAGUUCUACUGGUUUCUGUGACUUCUCCCUUGGCGGAGGGUCCAGGUCAGACACGGCGUUAUCGGGCUUAACGCUGAAAUAACGACCGUUACGUUUGGGCUAAAAACUAACUAGCAUCCCCAAAGCUAGCAGGCUAAUAGGUCAUAUUGCAGCUAACUUACUCACUGGAAACAAACAAAAACUGGGUCACCGAGCUUAGCAGUGGCUUGUUUUGCGGGAAUAAUAGGUAAUGUUUGUAUUUUACACUGUACGAAACAAUUCGUUAUAACUGACGCGAACGUAACCGUCGCCCUUUUAGCUCCCAGCGCGGAACACCACCUCAGCUCGCCUUUGGCUGCCGUUACGCGGCUUUGUUUCAGGUGGUUGCUGGGUCAAGGGCGAAGCCGGGCUAGCAGCACAACUCCAGGUGGUGUAGUGUUUCCUAGGCAGGGUUCCUCUGUCUUCUCCCUGCCUGAAUAGCUUACCUGCAUGCAUCACCUGGAGCGAACAGGCUCCACACAGCAACUCCUCCGCUAGGGGAGUGGCCUGCGUAACGCUAGUGGAAAAACUCCGACAAACGCGGUGGGAGGGAGUUGUUAGCGAGGUAAGUUUGUGAAGACGGUCGCUAAACAGUCUAAAGAAGCCCCGAGAAGGCUGUGGAAGUCACAUUAAACGGGCGAAACAUCUCGUUUCGUCCAGCGCGCCGGCAUAUCUCUGAAGUUUACUUCAGCUCAGGAGCAGACCAUGUCUCUGGCCGAGCAGAGCCAGCAGUGGUACCCCACCAGCGUUCAGGUAACGGUGCUUGAAGCACGAAACCUGCGGCUCAAAGGCAAGAAUGGCACCAACGACGCGUACGCCAUCAUGCAGGUGGCCAAGGAUAAGUUCUCCACCUCGGUGGCCGAGAAAAGUGUAGCUCCCGCUUGGAAGGAAGAAGCCACCUUCGACCUGCCGCUCUUCCACCGCGGCAACGCGGACCGGUGCACUUUGUGUAUCAUCAUCAUGCACCGAGCCCUGGUGGGCCUGGAUAAGCUUUUGGGACAAGCCAUCAUCAACCUGGUGGACCUCCAAGAGAACAAGGCACGAAAAAAGACCGAUUGGUACAAGCUGGUGGAUAAGAAUGGCAAGGCAGAUAAAGAGAGAGGAGAGGUUCUCCUGGACAUCCAGUUCAUGAGGAACAACAUGACGGCCAGCAUGUUUGACCUCUCCAUGCAAGACAAGCCUCGGUCACGCAUCUCCAAGCUUAAGGACAAGGUUCGUGGCAAGAAGAAGGAUGGACUGUCUGAUUCGGCCUCGGCCAUUGUGCCCUCUACUGUUAAUCAAGUGCUGACAGACAGUGAAGGGGAGGAUGAGGCUAAUCCAAACUCUCCAAAGGGCAAGAAGUCAUCAAAGUUGAAGUCUCUUUUUGCACCAAAGUCUAAUCUCCAUAGGGGCGUAUCUCAGUCCAUGUCAACUCUUGGCACACUGCCUGAGAAGAAUAGCUCGCUAAGCAGCAGCCGAUCCUCAGGCCUCAAUGGAGAGUCCCCUGAUGUGAAAAAGAAGUUCAAAUUUCUGGGCCAUAAGAGAACCAGCAGCACAGACAGCAAGGUGUCUCUGGGCCCUUUCUCACUGCUGAAUCGCUCCAAACAGAACAUCCCAGAGCAGAACAACCUGUGCAUCAAUGGCAGCCAUGUUUAUGCUGAAGAACAAGAGCCCAAGCCAAGUUUUGGAUCUUCCCUCAGUCUGAGCAGCUCUGCAAAGGGCUCUGUAGAAGACUUGCGAAAAUACCACGAACGAAACGCAUCUGAUGUCUCGGCUGACUCGUUCAAAGGCCUCAGUAUUCCUACCUACAAACCUGAGCCAGUAGAGAAAGCCUUACACAUUCCACAGCACCCUCAGGAGGAUGAAGAGAAGAAGCACAAGAAGACAGAAGGACGCUUACAGGAGGUUUUGGAGAGGCAGGAGGAGCAGGAGAAAAUAAGACAACAGGAGCGAGAGGAAAAAAGGAGAAGACAGGAGGAAGAAGAAAGAAAGAUAAGGCUGGAGGAAGAACAGAGGAAGCGCCUGGAGGAGGAACAGCGUCAAAGAAAGAGGCGUGAAGAAGAGGCAAAGAGAGUGGAGGAGCAGAGGCGCCAAGAGGAGUCCAGAGUGGCUGAGCGGCUGACUUCCAUUUUUGGUCUCGGGAAGAAGAAAGAGGAGCCGAGUCCUCCAGAUGUGGAGGAUCCCAAACUUAUGAAUGUACCUGCCUCCACAAACCCUUUUGAGGAAAUUCCUCUCAGCCCAGACUCCACAAAUCCUUUCUUGGGGGAGAGCCCAGCAAAGGCACAGAAGGAAGAGCGAAGUACCUUUACCCCAACACCACCUGCCAGUGCCUUUCCUGGACGCACAGCCAAGGUUUCUGCAGUCAAGCCAAGAUUGGCUCUCAGUCCGAAGCCUGAAACAGAUAAUACCGAUCCCCUUGUCUCCCCUGUCACCUCAGACAUCGAGCCCACUGUCCCUGGGUCUUCUUUGUCCCCAAAACAAUCUCCUUGUAGUGACCCUUUUGAGUCUUUCGCUAUGUUUUCUGAAAUUCACUCUUCUUUGGCACCUCCUAAACCCCAGAGAACUUUUGCAGAAUCCCCAAGAGGCAGCAUGGAAAACCUUUCAGGAGCAGAUUACACCGCCAGCAUGUCUGAAAAAAAGCACAGGGCCCUUCAACCACCUAGUUAUCCUGGAGGUUCAUCAAAGAAUGGAAACCACCAUCCAGAAAAUGAGGUGCAUUCACCAACGUCUCAACAAGGUCAAAGACCUCCUCUUCCUCUCCCUGACUAUGAUUCUCUCUUUCCCAAGAAGAGACAUGGGGUCAUGACUGACACUCGUUGGGAACACAUCAUAGCAGAAGUCAACCAGAGAAAGAUGGAUUCCCAUCUGAAGAAUAUUGAAGAAGAGAUGAGCGUAGAUGCUCCUAAUGAGCCUGUGCCCAAUAAAUCUGAGAUUAUAAAAGAAAGGAGCCUAAUUACUAACCAACAUCAGAAGCAGUAUUUAGAGGCAUCCUCUGUCUCCACAACAAGAAUGGAGCCCAAACAGGCUCUAAUCCCACCUAAAUCAACUACAUCAGCAACAGCAAGACAAGUGCUGGAGGUCAAUUCCAAGCAAGUUCUUACCCCUGAACCAGUAUAUGCUACCGUGGAGAAGUCUAACCAUUUUGCCUCCAGAGCAAGUACACCAAAGGUACAGCAAGACCCUCAAGUGAAAGAGAAGAGAACCUUCAGCACUGCUGUUAGUGCUGUUGCCCAACCCUCAGAGACAAAGGAAAAGCCAACGCCAGCUUCCAGAGCUGUAAAAACAUCAAAUUCACUGGAGAAUUCUGACGCCAAAGCUUUACGUAGUGACUCCGCACCAAAGGUACAGCAAGAAGCUCAAGUGAAAGAGAAGAGAACAUUCAAUGCUGCUGUUAAUGCAGUUUCCCAACCCUCAAAGAUGAAGGAAAAGCGAACAUUAGCCACCAGAACUGUAGACAAAUUUAAUUCACUGCAGAAUUCUAGCUCUGACGAUGACACUACAGAGUUGCCUUCAGCCAAACCCAGGCGAAAAGUGGCAGAGAAAGAACCAGUCAUACUGGUUCAACCAGAGAAGCCUACCCCUCUGAGUUUAACAUUACCAGAAAAAGCCCAGGUGGAAAGGAAAAAAGAUUCCAUGACACAGAUGAGCUCCUGGGAGAAUAAAGGCUUAGAGGGAAGAAUGCAGGCACCUGUAAAUGUGUCAAAUAUAACUCGAAUUGCAAAAAAUGAGAAUGUGCCAAAAGAGCAACCAGUUGCAGAUGCAUCCAAAGGUCCUGAGAAAGAACAGAUUGACUCUGACCCUUUCCCCAAUGACAAGCUGAUCUCUCUAGAUCCCUGGGCUAUACCAGAGCAAGACACACACCAAGAUGACCUCUUCACCAGUGGUCUUAAAAAAGCAACAAAGUCUAAUGAUCUGGGAUUAACACCCGAAGACUUUGAUAAUUUUUUUGGAUCUACUGAAUCUAAAAAUAACACGCAUGAAUUCUUUGGGUCUGUUGCAUCCAAAGAUGAAAUGGAUCCAUUCUUUGACUCUGUUACAUCAAAAGGUAAAAAGGACUCAUUCUUUGAAUCUGUUGCAGUCAAAGAUGAAACGCAUUCAAAAGAAUCACACAAGAACUCUAGUCCCUUGCUCCAGGGAAGAUACUCGCAAAGGAAAAAACUGGCACCUCAGCCCCCAGUUAAUUUGGAGAAAACUGUAAAGGAGAAACGUACUCUGGACAAACCAGCUCCUCAGUUUAUGCCAGAUGCAGAUGAUGUUGAAUUAACUGUUAUGAGUGUUGCUGGACAAAGUAACAGUGAGACCACAAUAGCUGCCUCAAAAGCAGACCUUUGGGGCAUGGAUUCUUUCGCUCCCCCCUCUCAAGCACUGUCCUCUUCAGCAACACCAGAACUAGGGUCUGGAGGCAUGUCUGGGGGCAAGAACAUGCUCCGUGCCUGGGUCUCACCUUCUGAGAUUCAGUCUGUCAGCUCGCAGACUGCUGGAGGUGGGGCUUUGACCUCUCGCAGGCCACACCCAGUGAAACCCUUAAGUUCUACAGAAAGCCAGUCUCCCAGCAGCAUUUCUGUGGGGAAAGACCUGAAGGCUCCAAUCAUCCAAGAGGUGGCUGAGAAGUCAAAGACUGCAGAGAGUGGCCCCUACACUCAGCUAACUCAGGAAGAGUUGAUAACGCUGGUGGUGAAGCAGCAAACUGAGCUCUCUAAGAAAGAUGCCAAGAUCCUUGAACUGGAAGACUACAUUGACAACCUGCUGGUGCGCGUCAUUGAGGAGAAACCCAGCAUCCUGUUGGCUUUGAACUCUAAGGUAUAAGAGUGAGGGCCUGGCCUCAUAUAAGGACUGUGCACCAUACGACAUGGCGAGGUGGAGGCCUACUGGUGUAGAUACUAGGAUUUGGCAGUGGGUUCAGAUUGCAUUCCUUAGUUAAUGGCUCAAGAACCAAACAGACAACAGAAUAAAGGGUCCACAGUUACCUGUA